CUUCAAAUUCCACUUUAUUGAUGGAGAGGUGACUUCGGCAUGUUAUACUCGUUACGUUUGGGAGGAAAUUGAUCACGGUCUAUCCAGACUUAUACCAAACCUGGACCUGCCAAUCAGUGCAUCAAUACACCCCAUAUUAAGCUAUAUCAACCCCCUCAUCCUCAUACUCAUACUCAUACUCCUUUAACAAUGGCGACCGAAACAGAUACCAGAAAGACCGUUCUCAUCACAGGUUGUGCAGCUGGAGGAAUCGGUCAUUCUCUUGCUCUUUCGUUCCACAAACGCGGUUUCAGAGUCUUUGCCACUGCCAGGUCACUGCAGCAACUGACAGCUCUGGCCGAGCAAGGAAUCGAGACACUGGUCUUGGUUGUUGAUGACGAUGAGUCGAUUCUGAAGAUGGUCAAGACCAUAGAGAAUUUGACGGGUGGCCGUGGGCUUGAUUUCCUCGUCAAUAAUGCAGGUGUCAAUUACACCAUGCCCGCCCUCGACAUCAACCUCUCGGAAGCCCAGAAAGUCUUCAACAUCAACGUCUUCGCCGUGAUGCGACUCUGCCAAGUCUUCGCACCCCAACUCAUCCAGGCUCAAGGCACGAUCGUCAUGAUCGGGAGUAUAGCCGGGGUCAUGCCCUACGUAUUCGGCAGCGUCUACAACGCAUCCAAAGCCGCACUCCACGCCUACUCCAACACAUUGAGGGUAGAACUAGCUCCAUUCAACGUCAAAGUCAUCAACAUUGUCACUGGCGGCGUCAAAUCCCGUCUUCCAUACCAUGUGGAACGAUAUUUGCCGUCGACUAGUGUCUAUGGACCGCUGGAGAAGAAUUACAUGCGUCGCCAGACGCAUUCACAGGAAGGGGCUAUGACUAAUGAGUCUUAUGCAGAAAGCGUGGUUGCGCAGAUUGUUCCCGGUGCGGGACCUUGGCCGUGGAGGUGGUUGAUGCGUGAUGCGAGGCGGAGAUGGAUUUGGGAGGGGAACAUGAGUUGGGUGGUUUAUUAUGUGAGUGGAUCGUUCACUUGGUCGGGGAUUUUUGAUUGGUAUAUGACCAUGUUGUUCAAGUUGUCUUCGUUGGCGAAGAAUAAGGAGAAGAAGAAGAAUAGUGGGGGGUCUUGAGUGGGAGUCGGUAUUGAGAGCACUCAGCUAUCUACGC